CGAUAACAUUAGCAAACGAUAAGUCGCGCGUGUUUUUCGCCGGCUACCGCAAAUUUUCCGGAUAUUUACAAUAAUUGGCAAUAGAUUUUUAAUUUAAGAUGAACACCAUAUUCAAUAUGAGCUAUCGGGAAGUUAUUCCUAGAAAUAUAAACCCCGAGGAGUGGAUAGAAGUCGAAAUAAAUACAGGCACACAAAGUACACUCCAGGAUAUCAAGACAUUUGGAAAGUCGGGUAGCUAUUGCUACAAUUGUUCGACCAAUGGCCAAAAUAGGAAUCGCUUUAUUUAUUGGCGUACCUAUCAAGACAUUGUGGAACUAUCUGAAGUUAGUUUAGAUGUGUCGCUUCUGAGAAACCAUCUUCGCCUACGCUUUACGGAUUCCGCGAUUCUAAAUGUCUCACUCACCGAACAUGGAGACACCGUCAAUCUGUUGGUGGUGACCGUCAGUAGUGUUCACAGGAUUGUGUUUCCAUUCCACACGGAUAAUACAAAAUUAUCAUCAUCUACUACACUGGAUUCGCUUAGGAAUUCCAUAUUUUAUAAUGCUUCCGCAUUCUUGAAGGACCGCAGCACUUUCCAUGUGCUAGAUGGAACCAUGGCUAUCAAUGUGCCACAUCUUGCGGCCUGCGAUAUGUUGGGAGAUAAAGAAGAGGCCUUUUAUGCAGUCGACUAUCAUUCAAAACUGAUGCUUUAUAUUAUGAACAGUCGCACGGGCGGCACAGUUUCACAUGAAAUCAAAGAGUCGCAUUUAAUGCCGCGUUUUUUAAGCAACCUUAAAGACGCCCUAACUGGUCGAGGCGAAAGUUUGGAGGGAGUUGUAUCAAUGGAAUUUAGUCGCAUCGAAGGCGAAAUGUUUCUCUUGGUUCUUUAUAGAAACAACGAGCUUAGAUUGUGGUCGGUGUCCAAUGUACAGAUUGUUGCCUCUUAUGCCUGUGUCGUGUCGCAAGGCGUUCAGGCUCCACAGAACAGUUUGCUACGCAAAAUAGAUGACCAAAAUUUCUGUGUAUAUUUUUCGUAUGAAAAAGAAUCAGAAUUCCUCUGUUUGAGCAUUGUUUGCAACCAAGCGAGCGACGCAAAAACUAAAACUGUAGGAUUGUCGCUGCGCCAUAAGGUGCCAGCUCCUCUAAUGGAUUUAGCUGACUUCGAUGCUACUUGCUCGCAUAUUUGGACAUUGUGGAGCAAUGCUGAGGGUGAAUUCAAUGUGUCUGCAAUUUGCUUAGAUGCUGACAAGGCAUUUAAAUGGGUGUCCGCUGCAUUGGAGCCUCCACCGGAUCGAUAUUGCCUCACCAUAGAGCAAGGUGUCGACCCACGAGAAGCCUACUGUUCCUAUAUAUUUCAUCCGGGUCGAUUUGAUUUUAACGUGAUCGCCAAGGCACUUUAUAUGUUCAUGCGCGCCAACAUGCAGUUUGAUAUUAAGCAGAUAACAAUGGGUAUGCUCAAGGAGCAGGUCUGCCAGGCGGUCGAGGAUGAGAUACAAAAUGAAUUGAAAGACUUUGUUCUCAGUGACAAUGAGUAUUUGGAGAUUGCGACCAGACUAUGGGAUCGCUUCUACUCCUGCUGCGAGCAAUAUCACAUCAAGUUCUCUGAGCCAACGGGCUUAUCCGUUCUGGGUGCCAUGGAUGCUGUUUGCAUUAUUCGAAGGCAAUCCUUUGCGUUGCUGCGUCCUUGUGAAAUGCUCGAACAUUUAAUGCUUGUUGGGGAACACAACAAGGAUGUGGAAUCAUUUGUGGCACCUUAUUGCCAAAACGAUAUUGUAGCUGCCCACGGGUUUAUUCAACUAAUGGAGGUCAUAAACCAAUUGGAAAAAUUUUUGAGCGAAGAUAUUAAAAUCGAAAUGGAAAAGAAAAUCUACCAACGCGAUGAUGCAGUUCUAUUAAAAUUGUUGCUUCAAAUUACCAGGAAUGAUGAAAAUAGUGAUGAAGAUGAUAGCGAUGGAAUCGCACUGCCGAAUGAAAGCAUCGAUCAAAUCAGGAAGAAGCUGAUAUUGAUCCCAAAUAUGGAUGCAGCCAUUAACAUGUUGCUUGAUUUCCUUGCCAUUGUUGACGAAGAUGCGUAUCCCGACUCCGCAGGUGGUUACUCGAAGUCCACACGGUUUCUCCAAUCGACAGGAGCAUUGUUUGGCAGCGAAUAUGGAAUUUCAAUUCUCGCUGAGACUGUCAAGCAAAUGGCAAUGAUACGAUUUGCUGUUUGCCGAAAUCUUUUGAUUCUACAGUACAUUUUAAAUGGAGGUGCUUCUAGGAGCGACUACACUAUUACAACUAAUGUGAAUUUCUUGAACUCCUACUACACACUUGUCUGGAUUUCCGAGACACCAAUUUCCCUCAAUACGCCAGUUAACUUUGAGGUGUCUAUUCAGCGUUUGACGCGCGCACAGCUCUUCAGCGGAUAUACAAGGCCCUAUUCGAGCAAAAUAUAUUUGAACAAUCAAACAACGCUGUUAUGCCUGUUCUUGCAAUCAAAGGGCUUAUUUAGCGCACUUUCGAUGCUGUUGAAGGAUCACAAUGCAUUAGUGCAGCAGUUGUCAAUGCGUCAGAUUCUGCUACAGUUGGUUGGCUGCAUUAAUCAAAUGCUUUGGCCAGAGGCAUGGAAUAAUGUAUUCCUUGAGUGGCUUUUUGGCACUUGCCAUCAUAUUAUCAUUCAAGACUAUGAGCGGCUAUUGUCGGGCUGGUGUAGCGAGAAACCUGAUUCACGAAGCUUCAUGUUGGCAGUUUCGCUAUUGGAUUGUGGUGAGCCACAUAAAGCAAUCAAUUUGUUCCAGAAAGUUCAAGAGAGUGUGCUCAAGGAUCCAUUUUUGUUUGAGCAAGUUCUGAAAAACACUCCACUCUAUUCCACACUUUCAAACGUUCUCAAACGACAGAAAGUUGUGCCAACAAAAGCCGAAGUCAAGCAAGCCUUCUGCCAUUAUUACCUCAAAGUCAUUCAGCUAUUUGAGCAGCAUUCGGCAUACGAUUUUAUCAUUCAAUUGGCCCAUAUAGCUAUGAGCAAGUUGACUGUGGAUGAUCCCCAGUUGCCAAUGUUCCAGUCUAUAGUGUUUAAUAACCAUUUGCAACUGGGCCACUACGAGGAUGCAUAUCAUGCUUUGGUCUACAAUGCGGAUACGUCGCGGCGAAAGGAUUGUCUACGUCAGUUGGUAAUUGUGUUAUUCCAAUGCAAACGCUUUGAUCUGCUCAUGCAACUGCCCUAUAAUGGUCUGCAAGAGGAAUUCGAUAACAUUGUUGAGUCUCGUGCACGAUCGCUGAGUAUCGAUCAGAACGAAGUCUAUAAUUUUCUGUACGCAUUCCAUUCCAACAGAGGAAAUAUGCGUAAAGCUGCGACAGUUAUGUACGAGCAGGCCAUGCGCCUACAAGUGGACAGCGAUGCACCCGAUGCGCUCCAGAAUCGAUGCUCGUCGUUACUGGUUUGCAUUAACUCACUGUAUUUGGUGGAUAGUCGUUAUAGAUGGAUUGCUAAGCCCACUGUUGGCGAUGACAAGGCUGCCAUGGAAAUGUCCAACAACGAGGACGACUUAAAGGAGAUUGAAAGAGUCCAUGAAGUCGUAGUACUUGAAUUAAGCGAUAUUCGCCGAGAGUUGCUACACGCAGAGGCUCUAAGAGAACUGGCGCAGCAUCGCAAGGAUGUCGGCGCCUAUGAAAUGGCCGACGCUGAGGAGCUCUCUUACCUUUUGGCCACUUGUGGUCUAUAUACAGCGGCACUGAAGCUGGCAAGGGGCCAUACGUUCUCGGUGCUGCCCAUUUUCGAAAGUCUGACGGCUGCCUGUGUUAGCAUCUCUGAGGAUAAGACUAAGGAUGCUUGGUGCUGGCUGCAGAACAAUGAUUUAGCCGAUCUGCCUCAUCGAAGCAGUGCAGCGGACAUGGCUUGGUCGCUGCUGCAGAAACUAGUGGUCGACAAUGAGCUGAAUGAGUCAACUUCAAUACGCAAAUGUGUGGCUAAUCGCAUACUUAACUUGAAUGCAUUUCUGCCCCAAUGGUUGUACAACUCAUACAAGCUGGCUAACUCCCGGGAGCUGCUGUAUCUGCUGGUGAAGCAUAAUCGCUUGCUCGACGCUGCCGAUUUGGCAUGCGAAAUGAUUGGCGCCAUGCUGGGGGCAGGCAGUGAAUAUUUCGACUUUCAGCAUUCAGUGAACGUGACCAGUCCACAAUUGGCGUUUCCCAUCAACACAAUAGAUCUACUGCUGCACGGCCUACACGUCAAUGGCAGUCAGCAUAUCGAAUACGAAGUAGCACAUGCCAAGCUGGAGGAAGAGGUUGCCCGAUAUAUAGAGACCGUGAAACGCACCACAGACGAUAAAAUGAAGUUAGCCAUAUUAACUGACAGACAAAAUCGACAGCAGCAGCAAAUUUUCGGUUAAGAGUUUCAAAUGUAUUUUGUGGGU